UGUUCUUGUCCUGCAGCGUGGGCGUGCUGCCGGAGGUGAGGGCGUGGCGGGUGGGCGUGCGUCAUGAAGGGGGUGCCUGCUGCCUGCCCUGAGUGUGGCCAUGUCCUCCAGUGCCAGCCAUGGCCCUGACCCGGGCCCGGCACUCAUCCGCAUCAGCCCCGCACGGGUGCACACCCAGGUGACCCAGACAGUUCGCUACCGGCCAGUGAGGUCACUCCUGCUGCUGAGCCUCGUGGUGGUCGUCUCUCUCUUCGUCCUCUUCACCCUCUCCCAGAUGGCGGUGGUGCACCACACAAUGAUGGCGCAGCUGGGGGAGCCUGGGCGGCUAGGAGGCGCUGGCGUGGGCGUGGCGGCUGCCAGCGGUGGCGCGGGCGGCGGCGGCGGCGGACGGGCGGGCAGGGCACCUCAUAGAGCCUGGCGCAGUCAGUUCAAUCAGUUCAAGAUCGAGCCGCUGCUGAUCCGCAACGCCCCGUCCGUCGAGGUCAAUACAGCUUUGGCAGCCAAUCGUCGACGCGCCAGUCAAGUGGCCGCUAUCAUCGUCCGAAAUUCCCUCCUCGUCACGCAGUCUGAUCGCUACAACGACUCCACCCACGCUGUUUCCCGCCCUGCUGGAGCUGACGCCGCGCCGCCCACUCCCGCCCGCGCCACGCCCUCGCCGCUACUUCACCCACACGUCACCGCCCACACAACGCUCGUCACCGCCCACAUCACCCACUCCACAAACUCCUCCCCACACGCACCCACAACUUUCACCCAUUCUAGGCUAAUAUAUCCCCAGCACCCAGCUGCUGGGCAAGGCGGGGCCCAGGGCUCGACACGCAGCAGCAGCAGCAGCAGCAGCAGCAAGCGCAGACACCGCCAGGAAGAGAGAGGGAAGCAGGAGAAGGAGAAUGCUGACGACAGCAUAAGACACAGACAGAAAGACGAACGGGCAAGUGCCAAAGAAGUGAGACAUAAUGCAGGUGUUGAAACGAGGCAUAAAGCAGGUGCUGAAACGAGACAUAAUGCAGGUGUUGAAACGAGGCAUAAUUCAGGUGUUGAAACGAGGCAUAAUACAGGUGUUGAAACGAGGCAUAAUGCAGGUGUUGAAACGAGACAUAAUUCAGGUGUUGAAGCGAGACAUAAUUCAGGUGUUGAAGCGAGACAUAAUGCAGGUGUUGAAGCGAGACAUAAUUCAGGUGCUGAAGCGAGACAUAAUACGGACGAUAAAGUAAGCCGUAAUGUAGGUGAGGAAAUGAGACAUAAUUCAGACGAGAAGGUGAGAAGACACACGGAAAGAGAGAGAGGCACCAGAGGCACCGACGCCAGAAGCGUGGCGUCCAGGCCCCAAGUGAGGGACCCAACGACGUCACUAAGGCGUCAGGAAGACGCUGCCAGACGACGCUUCCUGAGCAAGGCGAGGUGCAGCAGCGCGGACGAAGAGUGCGAUAACCUCAUAGGAGCGUAUCAGAACAUCUUGCUCGGCUCCAAACACCCUCCCCAAUCGCCUGCACACACAGCAGCUGUUACCAGCAGUGCCAGUGCCAGAGGAGCACCAGAGGCAGGUGCCACAGCCACGAACGAUGCACAGUCUCCCUCCACACAUCCCUACGUGAGUCGAAGCCCAUCAGAGCCCGCAGGUGAGAACGAAGACAUAAAAGCCACCACCAAAUUACCCGAAGUACCAGGUACAGAGUUCGGCGAGGCAGAGAAGGAGUUCGAACCGCUGUACCUGCGAGAAGAUGACUACGAUCUCAUGGACAGUGGGAUCACCACAUCAGCAUCACCGGAAGAAGUCAUGGCGACCUCCAAGGCUACCAGGGCUCCUCAUCUCACCGAAGAACAGCUGAGAAAUCUUCCGCUCUGCCCUGAGAUCCCUCCCGGGCUGCUGGGCCAUCUGGACAUCGAUCUGGACCAGCUGGAGAAGCUGCAGCUGGAGGAUGUCCUGCGCCAGCUGGAGUGGGUGUCGUCGGGAGGCCGGUGGAGCCCGGCCCAGGAGCCAGAGCACCCCUGUCUGCCUCGCCAUAAGGUGGCGGUGAUCCUGCCCUACAGGGACCGACUACACCACCUGGUUAUCCUACUCAGCUGGCUACACCCCAUCCUACGACGCCAGCAGCUGGAGUACACCAUCUACGUCGCGGAACAGGCGGGCAACGCGACCUUCAACAAGGGCUCCAUCAUGAACGCGGGCUUCAUGGAGGCCUGGCAGCGAAGUGACGCCAACUGCUUCGUCUUCCACGACGUGGACCUUCUACCGGAGAACGACCGAAACAUGUACUCCUGCCCUCCGCAGCCCCGGCACCUCUCCGUCGGGGUCGACACCUUAGGUUACAAAUUACCAUACUUCCUGCUGGUGGGGGGCGUGUUGAGUGUGAGGGGGGACCACUUCCUGCGGCUCAAUGGCUACUCCAACAUGUACUGGGGCUGGGGUGGGGAGGACGACGACAUGGGCUACAGGAUUAAGCAGUCUGGGCUGAGUAUUACCCGGCCGCCCAACAUGCUGGCUCGCUACACCAUGAUUCGUCACCUCAAGCGUCGACCACUCACCUGGAAGGUCCGCGGGAAGUUGGUGAGAACAUCUGGUCGCCGGUACCGACUGGACGGCCUCAACACGCUCCGGUACAGCCAGCUGGCCCUCCACCGGCACCCUCUCUUCACCCACCUCCUCCUUGACGUCGGCAACCCUCCGGAGAACCUGGUCCGCCUCGAUGCUCACUAGCGCGGCUGGUAGAGCCUUGUCGCCAGCCACUACGGCUUUGGUGUGUGUGUAUGCUCGCGCGUGUGUGUGUGUGUGUGUGAACGUGCGCUAUACACGUGUAGUCGAUUUGUUUGCAGGAAGAGCAAUCAUUGCAAACAUUAGUAACUUGGUUUGGCAGUUUUUAACCCGGAUCUAACACCAAAUUCAGAGUUAUAAAGGUCACGAACUUAAAUAUAAAUUCGUGGCCAGACAGGUAAAUACGAUACACUGACACAGCCCGGGUAGGUGACGCGAGUUUAAAAAAGCCUCAAUCACCAACCCUAAGCUAUGUAAAUAAUCCCCCACAACACUCCGUAAACAAGGAACAGCCAUUAUCGAACUCUAACCACCUCUUGUCUCACUUAAGCGACAUUUUGCGCAACAGUUGGGAGUUGCGUAUUAAGAAUAGUUUACCAAAAUGUGUGUGUGUGUGUGUUGUGUAUGUAAAUGCUGAACUGUCUCACAAUACACCAGCCCGCAAUACACACACACACACACACAUGUGUUGAUGUGAAUGCAGCUUAAAUAUGCGUGCGUAUGCAAUCAAUGCAAACCAAAAAUUCCUACGAGACGCACUCAACACCUCUAGAACUAAAUCGAACGCAUGUAACACUCCAUAAUAUAUAUAUAAAUGAUCUGAGCAUUGUUCACGAGUCACCCCACUCCUUCCGUCCCAGCCCCACUUCAUAAAUAUUAACUAGAUGUACGUCAAACAAUCCGCCAAUCUGGAUUCGAAUCGCAUCUCUCUGAAUGCUUCAAUCACGUACCGCAAAAUGCAAAUAAUUGUCAAAACAUUUAACCUAACCUAUGCCAAUAUAACUAUAAACAAAAUUAUAAUGUAAAAUAAUAUUUACAUAAAUUUUAAGAAAUCUCGUUUUUGGUUGAACAGUAUGUGGAUUACUCUGUGGGGUCGGGUGUAGCUUGGCAGCGAGGAUUAACUGAUUCGACACCAGCACAGACUAGGGUAAAAAGGUUGAAUAUAUUUAUAUAGAGAAGCUGGGUGCUGGCGGAGACACGUGGUAAUGCUCUUAACAUACUUUAAAGAUUUGUCAUUAGAUUCUAAAGCACAUAUUUGCGUCACUGAACAAGUCAUAAAACAAUAUGGUGAAGCAAUGCUUCUGAAUAAACUUACACUCUUGGUGAUUGCUACAGAAAACAUGUAAGAUUAUUACCUUAUCCAUUAUAGUCAAACAUAAGACUCUUCUGCCGCAUGAAACUUCUGUUGAUUCGAAUGCUGUGUUUAUAUCGUGCUGUGAAGGAUUCGUGUGGACACUCUUGUUUACACACUAUAUUUGAGAUAAUAAUUGCAUGUGUGUCGUGUAUAUGUGGGGAGCGAAUGUGUGUGACGAACCCACUCAAUGUGGGUUCUGGUCGUAGCUUCAUAGGAACGUGAGGAGGUUUCGAACUUAUGAAAAGUACUCGUCUCAAUUUUUUUUUCAUCUUCACGCUCAACUUAUUUUUUUAUAUACGUAUUGAUAGAUUUUUUAACUGGGAUGAUUCGGGACUGUCCGUUUGUAUUGACAAGUCAUCGUUUAAGGAAUCCAGAGGUUGUGUGCGAGAUAUGCCUCAAACUCAAGAAAUUUAGCAAUAAGUUUCGACCAUAUAUAACUUAAGUGUGCCAACAGCUCUCUUUGUUUAUUAAUUGAUAUAUGUACUUUUGUAAUAAUAAUUUGAAGACACAGUAGACAGCAGCGAGAACACAACAUAGUUGACAUAGAAACAAAUGCACCCAACUUUAUUUUGGGGGGGGGGAAUUUAUUUAAUCGUGAAAUUCUUUGUAAUGUUUAGAAAUAAAAUUGUAAAUG